AUGGGCAACACCUCUUCACAUGAAGGAUCGGGUGCCCCCACUCCGGGGAACAAUGGCCAACCAUCUACUUCGACUCAUCCUUCCUCGGGUAGCACGCCUACAGUGACCGCUAGACCCAUUCCAACGUCCAGCAGUGGUGCUCAUCCUGCUCCUGGUGGAUUUCAUUCUGGACUGACGCCUCCACCCAGAACGCCAAGUCCCCCGCCACCUUCUACUCCCCCUCUCCUCCCUUACGGCGGUCAUCUCUCACCACAGAAUCCUCAUGCUCUCGCCUUGCCACAAGCUAUGGACUACAGUAAGACCAUCGUCAGUCGUCUCGUCAUGGAGGCGAGGCUGGCUCCGUUCUACCGUGGUAUCGAGGAUUAUGAGGAGGAUUUCACAGAAGUUGAUAUCGGGCGGAUACUGGACGAAGUGAGGCAAAAGGAUCUCGAGGAAAACGUCCAGAACUCGGUGGUGGAACAUAUGAAGUUUGAGCGGGAAGGAUCGAGCAAGGUCGGAACACAGGUCGUCAAGAAGAUUGGCAUCCAUAAAGGACGGGAUCAUAAACAUGAAGAAGAGCGAGAUGAAGCCUAUAGGCGGGAGAAGAGAGCAUACCUAGGAGCAGUAGAGUGUCCGAUCUGUUUCCUGAAUUAUCCACCAAAUAUCAAUACCACUCGGUGCUGUCAGCAACCCAUCUGUACUGAAUGUUUUGUCCAAAUCAAACGAUCCGAAGCCACUAUUACGCAUCUCGAGUCGGAUCCUGCAAGUUGUCCGUUCUGUGUCGAGACGGAUUUCGGUGUCAUAUACGAACGCCCACCCCUCCCUUCAUCAUCUUCUCUGCACGCCAUGUCGCCACCGGACGGAUCUGCACUGUCCAUCUCGCCGAGCUCGCCUCCUGGUCCCGAACUUCAAGGUGGCCUCAGUCAAGCUUUGACGUCCCAGGAUGAAGACGCAGAGCUGGGCGUGGGAAUCGGGAUGAACCCAAAGGCUCAGGAAACGAUCAGACGAAAAAGCGUCAGCUCGAAAGCAAAAGAAGUAGUCCUCAUUGACGAGAUCCGACCAGACUGGGAGAGAAAGCUCAACGCUGUCAAGGCGGCGGCCGCGAGAAAGGCUGCGAGGCGUGUUGUCAUGCGACAGGUCGGAGAUCGUCUCAUCCCUAUCGGCUACACAUCAGCUCGUGCACCCGGCACUGCCGAUUUCAGCUCGUCAGCACCGGCUAGCGGGCAGCGCAGUGGAUCUGGGAGUGGCAGCUCCACGCCAUCUCGUCGAGACAGACGGCGGACAGGAUCGCGCGGACGUGAUUUAGAAGAGCUCAUGAUCAUGGAGGCUAUGCGCCUCUCUCUCAUCGACCAUGAGGAACAUCAACGCAAGCAGGAUGACGAGAUCAGAAACGGAACUCCUGGACCUGGAUCAAGCUCAGCCAUCAUCAUACAAGGACCUCAAUCUAGGCGUGUCUCCGAUCCUCACGGGAACAAGGAAAAAACGUCGACAGCCUCCAAGUUGUUCUCCAAGAUUGGAGGAAGAUCGAGAUCUGGCAGUGCCGCAAGUUCUCUCAAGCACGUUACAUUCUCAGCAUCCAAUCCCAAUUUGCCUGGUCCCAGUCGAUCACCCAAUCCGGGAAGCGUGACUCCGAAUCGAUCUACCACGCCACCAUCCGGGUCCGUUCUCUCGUCGCCUGUCGUUCCUUCGAGUGGUCCAUCACCCACUACCAUUCUACCAAGUAGUCCACUCUCCUCAACCCAAGUCAACUCAGCGUCGCUCAGUCGAUCCCCGCCAAAAAGCAUGAGCCCAUCGACCGGAGCUCCCGUGGCACCCAUCACGACGUUGACGAAUGCCAAUCAAUCCAAGGGUCCCGCUGUACCCGCCAAGAAUCCACCACCACCUCAGGCUUUGGAUCUGCCUACGCCCAUCAACCAACCGCAUUCGUCAAUCCUUGACGAUGCGCCUGCAAUACCAGCUCCAUUAGGCCACAGUCCCAUGUCUUCGUCCAGGAUAUCUCAGGAUGGCCCUGCUGGGCUACCGAGACUCAGCUUGGAUAUGCCUACAUUGACACCUGACCAUCCUCGUUCAUCGACUGAGAAUACUUCACAUUUCAAAGGCGGUGUCGGAUUCGAGCAUGAAGAAGAGAGUGGAUCAGGAUCAGUUGCAGGAUAUGGUGUAAGACCCGGUAUGGCUGAAAGAACCGAGACGGGAUUGAGUACCAUUCCCUCGGAGAGAAAUUACGCGGCGUUAGACAGUGAUGAAGAGGUGUGA